AUGUCAAAACGACAAGAUAACAAGAAAAUUGCAUUUAUUCAUCCUGAUCUUGGAAUUGGUGGAGCAGAAAGAUUAGUUGUUGAUGCAGCUGUGGGGUUACAAGAUUUUGGUCAUGAUAUCAUUAUUUAUACAUCACAUUGUGAUUUAACACACUGUUUUGAAGAAGUCAGUUCAGGUCAAUUGAAAGUUUCAGUUCAUGGAGAUUCAUUACCAACCAACUUAUUUGGCAAGCUUCAUAUUUUUUUUGCAAUUUUAAGACAAUUCUAUUUAGUUUGUUGGUUAAUAUUCACUGGCACAAUUAAAGAUUAUGAUUAUUUUAUUGUUGAUCAAUUAUCAUUCUGCAUCCCAUUAUUGAAAACAUUUUGUAAUUCAAAUUGUCAAGUAUUAUUUUAUUGUCAUUUCCCUGAUCAGUUACUAGUAAGAAGAACUAGCUUUUUAAAGAAAUUAUAUAGAGUGCCCUUCGAUGCUAUUGAAGAGUAUACCACGGGGUCAAGUGAUCAAAUUGUUGUUAAUUCAAAUUUUACUAAACAGAUUUUCCAUGACACUUUUAAGAAAUUAAAUCAUAUUGAUCCUCAAGUGGUUUAUCCAUGUGUUGAUACUGAAACUGAUGUCGAUACAAAUGCAUCAUCUAAUACCGAAGUAUCAAAGUUUUUCAAUGACUCGCCAUUUUUUUUAUCAAUCAAUCGAUUUGAAAGAUCUAAGAAUAUUGAAUUGGCAAUAAAAUCAUUUGCUAGAAUGAAUAAGUUAAUGGUCACCAAUAAGAAGCCAAGAUUAGUAAUUGCUGGUGGAUAUGAUAGUAGAGUUGCUGAAAAUGUUGAAUAUCUUGCAGAAUUAUCAACAUUAUGUGAUGAGUUGAAUUUAAUUAACUUUACUAUUAGAGGAAAAUUGAUCAUGAUGCCACCAUCUGUAGAUGUGUUGUUUUUACCAUCGAUUUCAACUCAACUUAAAAACUCAUUGAUCCAACAAACAGAAUUAUUGCUUUACACACCACCAAGAGAACAUUUUGGAAUAGUGCCUCUUGAAGCAAUGUUGGCGAAAACUCCAGUUUUGGCAAUCAAUUUUGGUGGUCCCUUAGAGACUGUUGUAAAUUAUAAUGGUAACAAUCUUGAUGAAGCAACUGGUUAUACUGAAACUGGUGAUUUCUCAAAAUGGGCCAAAAUUAUUAUGAAACAUUAUAAUUUGGAUGAAAGUACUAAAGUUAAAUUGGGUGAAAAUGGUCGUAAUAGAGUGAUUAAUAAGUUUUCAAGGAAGAAACUUGCUCAAAGUUUAGAAAACAUUUUGAAUUUAAACUAA